AGUAUUUAACAGCACCAGGAACAUAGCUUGAGGCGUGAGAAGUAGGAUUGGUGCUGGCAUCCAGGGAGUAACAAGUCGUUUUGCCUUAACCCCUUGAUACACGUCAGGGCUUGCCCGGCGGAGCUAUUACUGUUAUUGUUCUUAUUAGCUUGAGGCGUGAGCGCCCUGUCAGAGGAGGCUUGAGGCGUGAGCGCCCUGUCGGAGGAGCUUGCGGCGGCAUGAUGCGUCCUGUCAGAGAAAUGCGGCGGCGGGCUGCAGCAACACCCAUUUAUUAUCUCCUUCUGGCUUCACUGUUGGGAGUCUCCCUAUCAACGGACUUUAUACCGAUGUAUCCAUAUUACGAAUGUCAUACGGACUCUACCGUCAACUCCCUGAUAUGGAGCUAUCGAGUCGUCACGAGGAACGACGGAGAAAACGAUCCUGCCUACUUGGACAGAAUUUACAAAGCAUGCUCGGAUGACAGUCGUUGUUGGGCUUUUGAUCUAUCCGGGCACAACUACGAAAGCGGAGUUUUGAACCAUUUCGUAUUGACCUACAGCGCAGGCGAAGUGACCUGCAGUUUCAAUUCAGCUGUUAUUCUUCCAACACCACCUUCUCCUCCACCCUCCCCUCCACCUUCUCCUUCACCUUCGCCUCCACCUUCUCCCCCACCCUCCCCUCCACCUUCUCCUCCACCCUCCCCUCCACCUUCUCCUCCACCCUCCCCUCCACCUUCUCCUCCACCCUCCCCUCCACCUUCUCCUCCACCCUCGCCUCCACCUUCUCCUCCACCCUCCCCUCCACCUUCUCCUCCACCCUCCCCUCCACCUUCUCCUCCACCCUCGCCUCCACCUUCUCCUCCACCCUCCCCUCCACCUUCUCCUCCACCCUCCCCUCCACCUUCUCCUCCACCCUCGCCUCCACCUUCUCCACCGUCUCCUAACCCGCCACCCCCACCACCUCCGCCUCGAGUGACUCGCAGUCCUUCUCCCCCUCCCCACCAGCCACCCAGCCCUCCACCCCCUAGCCUGCCACAGCAACCCCGUCCCUCCACCCCUUCACCACAAUCCCCACGCAGCCCACAGCCCCCCAGCAAGCCACCCUCACCCGAGCCUCCUUCAACCCCGCCGUCCCCAAUACACAGCCCGCCUCCUUCUCCGUCACCUCUGACACCUGCUGUCUCACCCCCACCCCAAUCACCACUGCCUCCCACUCCCCUGCCACCAUCACCUCCACCCCCCUCACCUCCGCCACCAUCACCCCGACUGCCCUCGCCUCCCCCACCCUUAUUUUCCCCAUCACCGCCGCCACCUCAACCACCCUCGCCUCCACACCCCUCACCACCACCACCACCUCCAGUCAUGUACUGGGCUACCGCCGCCUCAGGCCCCAAUACUGCUUCCCAGCAGCUUGAGAAAGCUGGCUCUGCAUCCCUCAUCGUCGGGGCUCCCGAGCUUAAGUUCAGGUUCCCCCCCAAGGCCUGCAAACCAGCAUCUGGCGCCAGCUGGGUGCCAACGAAAGCGGCCCCCCGCUACGUGGUGGCCUACUUCAACCAGACCCCCGCUGCCCGGGGCAGUCAGGUGGCGUCAGUGGCGCUGUAUGUCACCAACAAGGGCACCCUCAACCCCGCCAUUGCCUCCAUCGACCUGCUGCUCCGGAAGCAAGGGGUGGUGACCGGUAGUGCUAACAACAGCAGCAGCUAUGAGCAGUGGGUGACCCUGUACAGAGGCGGUACAGGCCAGCAGCUGACGUGUCCGGGACUCAACUACUUUGCCAUAUCUGCUGCAACAGCAGCCACUACCCUGCAACCGUCGGAUGCUGGCACUGCGAUGACAUCAGUUGAUGAUUUCAACACAGCGGUUGUGGUUGCUGUACGGAUUAACGUCAACGGUGUAACCGUUUCCGAUAAGUCACUCCUGCCGCACCUGGCAGCAGUUGGGCUGCAACUCUCGUAAGAGGGCGGGGAAACAGCAUGUGUGUAUUCUGUAAUUCGUGGCGGCGAGCACGCAACUAAGGGUGUCAUUCCCCACGUACGGCGUUGCCCAUAUCGAACCGCAACCUUUACUUGAUUGAACUAACGGUCAUUCAUUCAUCAUACGGUCAUUCAUACUGAAAAAUGAAUGAAAGACCGUUGUCGGUUGUUGAUCAUCAACGGGGUCGUAGGGGUUCCUGAGUUGGGGUUGCAGUUGUUGUGGCCACGCAGGGGUUGUAAGUCCUCGCACUCGCGAUUCUGACAUCUGCAGUUAUGCUGUUUUUACGGUUUGUUCCGUUUCUUUUGCAAUGUAGGGUUGGGUUCAUCACCUGUGUUCCCUUUUAGGGCACCCUUCGUAGCUUACAGGGGUCAUAGGGGUUCCGGGGGUUUAAGGGGUCACGCACCGUGCCACGAGCUUGCGGUCCGACGGUGACGGUGACGGGCCGUUUUUUUGGCUUCUACCCUCGUUCUUUCCCUCUGUUGUGGUUGCUGCUCAUCAUGCCUGUUUCCUGUUGUGGUGUUGUCUUUCCGGCGUGUUGCGUUCCUCUUGCAGUGUAGGGUUGGGAUCAUCACCCGUGUUGUCUUUUAUGCUACCAUUGUAACGGUCACUCGUUCACAUAAUUGCUUAUUUGCACAUUUUUGUUGGCAUAGCGUCCAUGCUCAUCAAAAACGGGUCUUGUACAAGUGCUGACUUUUCUUUCGUAGUCGAGGAAGUCCUGACGAGACGGAGAUAAGGAAUGCCACUUAUUGCGAACGAAGAACCUGCCAGGAGUGCUUACAGCAGGACGCAUGGUAUCGGUGCUUGCGUGGUAUGUACGGCAACUGUGGUCCCAGUCUGUUUACCGGCUGCACUCGCUUGUUUUACUAACUUCCGUUGUGUGUAGAUAAUCCUGUUGAUGUUGUUGUGUCCCUCUGCCAGGACGUGGCCCUGUGGCAUGAUAGGUUGGGUUUACACUUUUGUGUGUUUACCCAUUUGUCGGCGAAUGAGUUUGUAGCUGUGGUCCCGCUUAUUCGAGGCUACGGGUUUGUUUGCGGCAUGGUUUUUCACAUGCCGGCGUUGCUUGAGGUGGGGCUUGAACAGACGACCUGGCAUGGGGCGGGUUUGACGCUGUCGUCCCAUGGGUCGGUUGGCGGUUUUGGGUCAGCGGGGCCAGGAAGCUGAGCGUGUUUUCCUGCUUCUCAGCGGGGUAACAGCUUGUUGGUCGGUUGUGGUCUACGGUGGCCGGUUUUGGGCUCACCGGGGUUUGGAAUGAUUAUAUAAGGGCGUAGUUUUCUUGUAUCUGGACAUUUUACAGCUGAAAGUGGCCUAAGUGCCGGCUGGGGUCGGUUUGGGUAGCCAUAACCCUCUUUCUGGACUAAGCCUCCAAUAACUGGUCUUGGACUCGGACUCAUCCCCAUGUAAGGUACACGCGUGGAGAC